CGCCGGCGCCUCCCUCGGCCGCCGUCCCGGGGGCCGCGGCGCCCGCCCCCGCCCCCCCCGGACGCCCGCCCCCGCCCUCGCACACACUCCGCCACACGCCGGCGACCGGGGAGGGGGGUCCCGAAGGGAGCCGGGGCGGGGGGAAGCGAGAGACGGAGCGAGACGGACAGAGCGAGAACCUCCCCGAGCCGCUACCACCAGCCCUCCAACAUGGCGCCCGGUUAAAAUGCAGGUUGGAGGCUAUGAGGACCAGAGUGAGGGCAGCACAAACUACUCAGCCACAAUGUCUUCAGAGGUGGAGACCUCGGAGGGGGUAGAUGAGUCAGAGAAGAACUCUAUGGCACCAGAAAAGGAAAACCAUACCAAAAUGGCAGACCUUUCUGAGCUCCUGAAGGAAGGGACCAAGGAAGCACAUGACCGAGCAGAAAAUACCCAGUUUGUCAAAGACUUCUUGAAAGGAAACAUUAAGAAGGAGCUAUUUAAGCUGGCCACCACUGCACUUUACUUCACAUACUCAGCCCUUGAGGAGGAAAUGGACCGCAACAAGGACCACCCAGCCUUCGCCCCCUUAUAUUUCCCCACGGAGCUACACCGGAAGGCAGCACUGAUCAAGGACAUGAAGUAUUUCUUUGGUGAAAACUGGGAGGAGCAGGUGAAGUGCUCUGAGGCUGCCCAGAAGUAUGUGGAUCGGAUUCACUAUGUAGGGCAAAAUGAGCCAGAGCUGCUGGUGGCCCAUGCUUAUACUCGUUACAUGGGGGACCUUUCAGGAGGCCAGGUACUGAAGAAGGUUGCCCAGAGGGCACUAAAACUUCCCAGCACUGGGGAAGGGACCCAAUUCUACCUGUUUGAGCAUGUGGACAAUGCCCAGCAAUUCAAGCAGUUCUACCGCGCUAGAAUGAAUGCCUUGGACCUGAAUUUGAAGACCAAAGAGAGGAUUGUGGAGGAGGCCAAUAAAGCCUUUGAAUAUAACAUGCAGAUAUUCAGUGAACUGGACCAGGCUGGCUCCAUGCUAGCAAGAGAAACCCUGGAGGAUGGGCUCCCGGUACAUGAUGGGAAGGGAGAUAUACGUAAAUGCCCCUUUUAUGCUGCUCAGCCAGACAAAGGUACACUAGGAGGCAGCAACUGCCCCUUCCAGACAACCGUGGCUGUGCUGAGGAAGCCUAGCCUGCAGCUCAUUCUGGCUGCCAGUGUGGCCUUGGUAGCUGGACUCUUGGCCUGGUACUACAUGUGAAGGACCUGUCAUGUUGUUUGCAUCCUACCCCAAGUGACCUGUUCUAUCCCCAUCUCCACCUCUGCCUAAAACUACCACCUCAGGUGACUUUUUUUUAAUGCUGGGUUUGAGAAAACAAGCAACCAAUAAAAGCCAGACACUAGAGCCUCUGCCUAACAGCAUUUUCUCUGCCAGCCAGAUAUACACCAGAUAAAGGCUGUCACUCUAUUAACAGCCAGUGCUCUAGGAAUUUUGCCAUUUAGGAGGCCUGGGUACAUUGCUUUCUUAGCAGUGCUUGGAAUGGUCAUUGCCAUGCUGGGAGUGAGAUGCCCAUACACACAGGGUUUGUGGGAAAGGGUCAUGCCAGCUGAUGAUGGCUCAGUUUUCUAGGCCUUUUGAUAGUCUAAAGAGCUUAUUCUGCAUAACCGGGAUCUCCCUAAUAAGUCUAUUAGCCUGAUGUGUCUCAGCUGACUGGUGUGCCUGCCAUAACACUCUAAAAACAAACGCCACACACUUCCCUCCUUCCUGGGAUAGGAUAGAGUCCCUCAGAAACAGCAUACAAAUGGACAUCCUCUUUCAUGGCACUCCUUGCCAACUUCCUAGCACCUUCUAUUUCCAUGUAUUCAUGCUAAAUACCAUAAAGAUCCUUAAUAUCUGC